GUCUACUAGCUCUGCCAUGGUUCUGAGAAACCCCGGGGGGCGGCGGCGCGCGGAGCCGGGCGCAGACGGCGAGGCCAGCCGGGAAGAUGGCCCCUCUGCCUCACUCUCAGCGCUCAAGCGCUUGGAGCGGAGCCAGUGGACGGAUAAGAUGGACUUGCGGUUUGGUUUUGAGAGGCUGAAGGAGCCUGGUGAGAAGACUGGCUGGCUCAUCAACAUGCACCCUACUGAGAUUUUAGAUGAAGAUAAACGCUUGGUGAGUGCAGUGGAUUACUACUUUAUUCAAGAUGAUGGGAGCAGAUUUAAGGUGGCCUUGCCCUAUAAGCCGUAUUUCUACAUUGCAACCAGAAAGGGUUGUGAGCGAGAAGUUUCAUCUUUUCUCUCCAAGAAGUUUCAGGGUAAAAUUGCAAAAGUAGAGACUGUCCCCAAAGAGGACCUAGACCUGCCCAAUCAUUUAGUGGGUUUGAAGCGAAAUUACAUCAAGUUGUCCUUCCACACUGUGGAGGACCUUGUCAAAGUGAGAAAGGAGAUUUCCCCUGCUGUGAGGAAGAACCGGGAGCAGGACCAUGCCAGUGAUGCAUACACAGCAAUGCUCUCCAGUGUUCUGCAAGGGGGCAGUGUAAUUACUGAUGAAGAGGAAACCUCUAAGAAGGUAGCCGACCAACUGGACAACAUAGUGGACAUGCGGGAGUAUGAUGUUCCUUACCACAUCCGCCUCUCCAUUGACCUCAAGAUACAUGUGGCUCACUGGUACAAUGUCAGAUACCGUGGAAAUGCUUUUCCAGUGGAAAUUGCCCGCAGAGAUGAUCUCGUUGAACGACCUGACCCUGUGGUUUUGGCAUUUGACAUUGAGACAACCAAACUGCCCCUCAAAUUUCCUGAUGCCGAGACGGACCAAAUUAUGAUGAUCUCCUACAUGAUUGACGGCCAGGGCUACCUCAUCACUAACAGGGAGAUUGUUUCAGAAGAUAUCGAAGACUUUGAAUUCACCCCCAAGCCAGAAUAUGAAGGGCCCUUUUGUGUCUUCAAUGAACCUGAUGAGGUGCAUUUAAUCCAGAGAUGGUUUGAGCAUGUGCAAGAGACCAAACCCACCAUCAUGGUCACCUACAACGGGGACUUUUUUGACUGGCCAUUUGUGGAGGCCAGGGCAGCAGUAUACGGCCUGAGCAUGUACCAGGAGAUAGGCUUCCAGAAAGACAGCCAGGGGGAGUACAAGGCACCUCAGUGCAUCCACAUGGACUGCCUCAGGUGGGUGAAGAGGGACAGCUACCUUCCUGUCGGAAGUCAUAACCUCAAGGCUGCUGCCAAGGCCAAGCUUGGCUACGACCCUGUAGAGCUGGACCCCGAGGACAUGUGCCGGAUGGCCACGGAGCAGCCCCAGACUCUGGCCACUUACUCAGUGUCAGAUGCUGUCGCCACUUACUAUCUGUACAUGAAGUAUGUCCAUCCCUUCAUAUUUGCACUGUGCACCAUUAUUCCUGUGGAGCCCGAUGAGGUGCUGCGGAAAGGCUCCGGCACGCUGUGUGAGGCUUUGCUGAUGGUGCAGGCCUUCCACGCCAACAUUAUCUUCCCCAACAAACAAGAGCAGGAGUUCAACAAGCUGACAGAUGAUGGCCAUGUGUUGGAUGCCGAGACCUAUGUUGGGGGCCAUGUGGAGGCCCUCGAGUCUGGCGUCUUCCGCAGUGACAUCCCUUGCCGAUUUAGGAUGAAUCCUGCUGCCUUUGACUUCCUGCUGCAGCGAGUUGAGAAGACCAUGCACCAUGCCAUUGAGGAAGAGGAGAAGGUGCCUGUGGAGCAAGCCACCAACUUUCAAGAGGUGUGCGAUCAGAUUAAGGCCAAGCUCACUUCCCUGAAAGAUGUUCCUAACCGAAUUGAGUGUCCCCUUAUUUACCACCUGGACGUGGGGGCCAUGUAUCCCAACAUCAUCCUGACAAACCGCCUACAGCCCUCUGCCAUGGUUGAUGAGGCCACCUGUGCCGCCUGUGACUUUAACAAGCCUGGAGCAAACUGUCAGAGGAAGAUGGCUUGGCAGUGGAGGGGUGAAUUUAUGCCAGCCAGUCGCAGUGAAUACCAUCGGAUCCAGCACCAGCUGGAAUCAGAGAAGUUCCCUCCCUUGUUUCCUGAGGGGCCGGCACGGGCCUUUCAUGAGCUAUCUCGUGAGGAGCAGGCUAAAUAUGAGAAGCGGAGACUGGCAGAUUACUGCCGAAAAGCCUACAAGAAGAUCCAUGUCACCAAGGUGGAGGAGCGCCUCACCACCAUCUGCCAGCGAGAAAACUCCUUCUAUGUGGACACGGUGCGUGCCUUCCGGGACAGGCGCUACGAGUUCAAAGGGUUGCACAAGGUGUGGAAAAAGAAGCUCUCAGCAGCCGUGGAGGCAGGCGAUGCUGCUGAGGUAAAGCGUUGUAGGAACAUGGAAGUCCUGUAUGACUCACUGCAGCUGGCUCACAAGUGCAUCCUGAACUCGUUCUAUGGCUAUGUCAUGCGCAAGGGGGCUCGUUGGUACUCUAUGGAGAUGGCUGGCAUUGUUUGCUUCACUGGAGCCAACAUCAUCACCCAGGCGCGGGAGUUGAUUGAACAGAUUGGGAGGCCCUUAGAACUGGAUACAGAUGGAAUAUGGUGUGUCCUGCCCAAUAGCUUCCCAGAAAAUUUUGUUAUCAAGACAACCAAUGCAAAAAAGCCCAAGGUGACCAUCUCUUACCCUGGGGCCAUGUUGAACAUCAUGGUCAAGGAAGGCUUCACCAAUGACCAGUACCAGGAGCUGGCAGAACCUUCUUCACUCACCUAUAUCACCCGCUCAGAGAACAGCAUCUUUUUUGAGGUUGAUGGGCCCUACCUUGCUAUGAUCCUUCCAGCCUCCAAGGAAGAAGGCAAGAAGCUGAAGAAGAGAUAUGCUGUAUUCAAUGAAGAUGGAUCCCUGGCCGAGCUAAAGGGCUUCGAGGUCAAACGCCGUGGGGAGCUGCAGCUGAUUAAAAUCUUUCAGUCCUCAGUAUUCGAGGCCUUCCUCAAGGGCAGCACACUAGAGGAGGUGUAUGGCUCUGUGGCUAAGGUGGCUGACUAUUGGCUGGAUGUGCUGUACAGCAAGGCAGCUAACAUGCCCGAUUCUGAGCUGUUUGAGCUGAUCUCAGAGAACCGCUCCAUGUCUCGGAAGCUGGAAGAUUACGGGGAGCAGAAGUCCACAUCCAUCAGCACAGCAAAGCGCCUAGCUGAGUUCCUGGGAGACCAGAUGGUCAGGGAUGCGGGACUGAGCUGCCGCUACAUCAUCUCCCGCAAGCCUGAGGGGUCCCCUGUCACUGAGAGGGCUAUCCCACUUGCCAUUUUCCAAGCAGAGCCCACAGUGAGGAAGCACUUUCUUCGGAAAUGGCUAAAGAGCUCGUCCCUUCAAGAUUUUGAUAUACGGACAAUUCUGGAUUGGGACUACUACAUCGAACGACUAGGGAGCGCCAUCCAGAAGAUCAUCACUAUUCCUGCUGCUCUGCAACAGGUAAGGAACCCAGUGCCACGUGUCAAACACCCAGAUUGGCUACACAGGAAAUUGCUGGAGAAGAAUGAUGUCUACAAGCAGAAGAAGAUCAGUGAGCUAUUUGUCCUUGAAGGCAAGCGACAGAUUGUGAUGGCCCAGGCCCCAGAAGGCAGCCUGAAGUCAGGUGCUCCCGACAUGGAGGACUUCGGUCUCACAAAGCUAUCCCACUCAGCAGUCCCAGUUGCUACUAAGAGGAAGCGGGUCCUUUGGGAGAGCCAAGAGGAAUCUCAAGAUCUUGAGCUGACUGUGCCCUGGCAAGAGAUCUUAGGCCAGCCUCCUGCCCUCGGAACCACCCAGGAAGAGUGGCUAGUCUGGCUCCGGUUCCACAAGAAGAAGUGGCAGCUGCAGGCCCGACAGCGUCUGGCCCGCAGGAAGAGGCAACGUCUGCAGUUGACAGAGGGUGUGUCAAGGCACGGGGCCAUCCGAGAGGGGCCUGCCACAGGGCUGGGGAGCUUCUUGCGCAGAACUGCCCGCAGCAUUCUGGACCUUCCAUGGCAAAUUGUGCAGAUCAGUGAGACCAGCCAGGCCGGCCUGUUCAGACUAUGGGCUGUCAUCGGUAGCGACUUGCACUGCAUCAAGCUGAGCAUCCCCCGAGUGUUCUACGUGAACCAGCGGGUGGCCAAAGUGGAGGAGGGGCCUUCAUACCGCAAGGUGAAUCGGGCUCUUCCUCGUUCCAACAUGGUCUACAACCUCUAUGAAUAUUCAGUACCAGAAGACAUGUACCAAGAACAUAUCAAUGAGAUCAACACUGAACUCUCGGCACCAGACAUCGAGGGCGUGUAUGAAACCCAGGUCCCAUUGUUGUUUCGUGCUCUUGUGCAACUUGGCUGUGUGUGUGUAGUCAACAAACAGCUGGUGAGACACCUUUCAGGUUGGGAAGCUGAAACCUUUGCUCUUGAGCACCUGGAGAUGCGUUCACUGGCCCAAUUCAGCUACCUGGAACCAGGGAGUAUACGCCACAUCUACCUAUACCACCACUCGCAGGGCCACAAGGCUCUCUUUGGAAUCUUCAUCCCCUCGCAGCACAAAGCAUCUGUGUUUGUGUUGGACACCGUACGCAGCAACCAGAUGCCCAACCUCAGUACCCUGUACUCGGCAGAGCAUAGCCUGCUGCUGGAGAAGGUGGGCCCCGAGCUCCUGCCUCCCCCUAAACACACCUUUGAAGUUCGGGCUGAAACCAACCUGAAGACCAUCUGCAGAGCCAUCCAGCGCUUCCUGCUUGCCUACAAGGAGGAGCGCCGGGGGCCCACGCUCAUCGCUGUCCAGUCCAGCUGGGAUCUGCGGAAGCUGGUCAGUGAGAUUCCUGUCUUGGAGGAGUUCCCACUGGUGCCUGUCCGAGUGGCUGACAAGAUCAGCUAUGGUGUCCUGGACUGGCAGCGCCAUGGAGCCCGCCGUAUGAUCCAACGUUACCUUAACCUGGACACUUGCCUGUCACAAGCCUUUGAGAUGAGCAGGUACUUCCACAUUCCCAUCGGCAAUCUGCCAGAAGACAUCUCCACCUUUGGCUCUGACCUCUUCUUUGCACGCCACCUCCAGCGCCACAACCACCUGCUCUGGCUUUCCCCUACUGCCCGUCCCGACCUGGGUGGGAAAGAGGCUGACGACAACCGCCUCAUCAUGGAGUUUGAUGACCGAGCCACUGUGGAGAUCAACAAUUCUGGCUGUUACUCCACUGUGUGUGUGGAGCUGGAUGUUCAGAACCUGGCAGUCAACACCAUCCUCCAGUCCCACCACAUCAAUGACAUGGAGGGGGCUGGCAGCAUGGGCAUCAGUUUCGACGUGAUCCAGCAAGCUUCCCUGGAGGACAUGGUCACGGGCAAUCAGGCCGCCAGCGCCCCAGCCAGCUAUGAUGAGACGGCUCUCUGCUCCAGCACCUUCAGGAUCCUAAAGAGCAUGGUGGUGAGCUGGGUGAAGGAGAUCACACAGUACCACAACAUCUAUGCUGACAACCAGGUGAUGCACUUCUACCGCUGGCUGCGGUCACCAGGCUCUCUGCUGCAUGACCCUGCCCUGCACCGGACACUGCACAGCAUGAUGAAAAAGCUUUUCUUGCAGCUUAUGGCUGAGUUCAAACGCCUAGGAUCAUCAGUCAUCUAUGCCAAUUUUAACCGCAUCAUCCUCUGCACAAAAAAGCGUCGGAUUGAGGAUGCUAUUGCCUAUGUGAAAUACAUCACCAACAGCAUCCAUUCUAAAGAGAUCUUCCAUUCCCUGACAAUUUCUUUCUCUCGAUGCUGGGAAUUCCUCUGGAUGGAUCCAUCUAACUAUGGUGGAAUCAAAGGAAAAGUUUCAUCUAGUAUUCACUGUGGGCAGCAGGACUCCCAGACAGGGAAGGGGGCCAAGGAUGAUCAGGAUGACGAGGAGGAGGAGGAAGAGGAGGAGGAGGAUGGUGUGGAGGAAUCAGAGGUGGAGGACUUACUGGAAAACAACUGGAACAUUUUGCAGUUUUUGCCACAGGCAGCCUCCUGCCAAAGCUACUUUCUCAUGAUUAUUUCAGCAUACAUUGUGGCUGUGUACCACAGCAUGAAGGAUGAGCUGAGGCGCAGUGCCCCAGGCAGCACGCCUGUGAAGAGGAGAGGGGCCAGCCAGUUCUCUCAGGAGACUGAGGGGGUAGCCGGAGCCCUUCCUGGAAUGAUCACCUUCUCUCAAGAUUAUGUGGCGAAUGAGCUCACUCAGACCUUCUUCACCAUCACUCAAAAGAUUCAGAAGAAAGUCACAGGCUCUCGGAACUCGACUGAACCCUCAGAGAUGUUUCCUUUCCUCCCCGGUUCACACUUGCUGCUCAAUAACCCUGCUCUGGAAUUCAUCAAAUAUGUGUGCAAGGUGCUGUCCCUGGACACAAACAUCACAAAUCAGGUAAAUAAGCUGAGCAGAGACCUGCUCCGCCUGGUGGAUGUUGGUGAGUUCUCCGAGGAGGCUCAGUUCAGAGACCCCUGCCGCUCCUACGUGCUCCCUGAGAUGAUCUGCCACAGCUGUAAUUUCUGCCGAGAUCUGGACCUGUGCAAAGACUCCUCCUUCUCCCAGGACGGGGCCAUCCUGCCUCAGUGGCUCUGCUCCAACUGCCAGGCUGCCUAUGACUCAGCUGCCAUUGAGUUGGCCCUGGUGGAAGCCUUGCAGAGGAAGCUGAUGGCCUUCACGCUGCAGGACCUGGUCUGCCUGAAGUGCCGAGGAGUGAAAGAGACCCACAUGCCUGUGUACUGCAGUUGUGCAGGAGACUUCGCCCUUACCAUCCACACUCAGAUCUUCAUGGAGCAGAUUGGAAUCUUCCGGAACAUUGCCCAGCACUACAGCAUGUCCUACCUCCAGGAAACCCUGGAGUGGCUGCUACAGACAAGUGCUCUGUCUGGCCCUUAAUAAGCCCAGGCCAAGAACAUCUUAGCAUCUGUACCAGGCACUCUCUGCUCCAAGUGGCCAUGUCAUUGACUACCUGAGUUUGCAAACUCAUAACCACAGUCCAGAAACAGAGGGUGGACCACAGAGAACACUCAGGAAGCUCAGAGGGGGCAUGAACUGGCUCCAUCAUCAACAGUGCCUUCUGAAGCACAUCAUGAGAAAAGAAGUGCCUCUGGGUCCUGACGGGAUCUUUCCUGCUGAAUAAACAUGUUUUGAGGCCUUUGCUGCUUUUUGUACCCUGCUGGGUGAGGCAAGACAGUCCUUCCAAGGUGCCCCCA